UGCACCACACUCUUUUGACACACCUUCCCUUCACCAAAACCGCACUUUAUUCCAUUGCAUUUUCCAUUUCUUGGCUUUGGCUCGAGCGCUUCUCUGCCCUGAAAGCAACUUUCUCUCCUCUUUUGGUUUCUCCUUCUUUUCUUCUCUUCAGCUGGGCUCUUCAUUGUGAGAGCUGCCAAAGUCCUUCUCAUUUCCCUGCGGCUCGUGUUUUCAGCGAAACAGAAACGGGCCACUGUUGCUGAGGAGUUUUGGCUGGGCUCGUUUUGUUGUGUGUUUUUUCAGGUCUAGCGAACCUCUGGAGGACAGACGCCGCCGCGUUCAGCCUCGCUCUCCAGAGUUCUCCACACGCAGCUGUACGAGCGAUCGCUACAAAACCAGAAAUCACAGACGAAGAGAGACAGACAGAGAGAACUACGCAAGAACGCAGGCUUUUCCUAGACAUGCUUUUGCUCUGACGUCCGGGCGUCUGCUGAAGGCAUGUGUGUCCCUCUCUGAAGCCCGUGUGAGAAACGACCCGCGUGUUAUUCCUCAGCGCUGGACGCACGGGAGGCACAUCUAGACAGAGUUAAAGCCCCCUUCAUAAACUCAUGACCGCACGAGCUUUUAAAAGGACUUCACUAGAGGAAUUUGUCACACUUGGGGGAAUUUUCUCUUUUGUAAAAAUAAAUGUUGAGAGUCUGAACGCGUCCUGCUCUGGAAGAAGACAGCAUGAAGAGUUUCAGCCGGUCCCUACUGACUGCCAUGACAACAGGUUUGCUCCUGUUCUGUCUGGGUAGCUCAGGUCUAGAGCUCAGUCCCAGCGACCCUCAGGUCGUCCUCCCCAUCGACUCCUCCUUCAACAUCACCUGCUCCGGCUUGAGUGAGGUCACCUGGCGCUUCAGACGAGAGGAGAGGCUUUCGGAGUUCCACGUCGAGAAGCGAAGCUCCUCCUCCAGCGUUCUGAGUCUGGAGCGGGUGACCUGGAGACACACGGGUGUUUACGUGUGCUCAGAGAACGGGACAGAUGAGACGAGAGAGGUGGCCGUCUUUGUGCCUGAUCCUGAGGUCUGGUUCCUCGAGAACGAUCAUAUAAUGGUGACUAAGACAAGAGAAGAAGGCACGAUCCCAUGUCUGGUGACCAAUCCACUGAUAAACGUCACGCUGUAUGAGAAAGACACGGAGGUAAUGGUGGAGGGUUCAUAUAACCCCAUCGUAGGUUUCACCGCCGCUCUGGAGGACAGAAACUACAAAUGUAAAGGAGAGCUGAACGGAGAGGAGAAAGAGUCCAUUGGCUUCUACGUCUUCAGUAUAGUUGCUCCCGAGGCUCUGGAUCCUUACAUCAACGCCUCCAAAACAGUCCUGAAGCAGGGCGAGACGCUGAACGUCAACUGCACUGUUCACGGCGCAGAGCUCGUCUUCUUCUCCUGGGACUUUCCCCACAAAGACGUGGGGGACGUUGAGCCCUUGACCGAUGUCCUGUCGUCCAUGAGCAUGCGGUCCUGUCUCAACAUCACAGACGUGACUCUGGCCAGAUCAGGACAGUAUGUUUGUCACGUGCAUGAGGGUGUGGAGGACCAGAGAGCUUCAGCCAGUAUUAACAUCACUGUACUGGAGAAAGGCUUCGUGGCUCUUUCUUCACAUCUGGACAGGAAUAUCUCAGCGCAGCUCGGAGAGAACGUGGAGCUGAAAGUGGAGGUGGAGGCGUAUCCCAAACCCAGCAUCCAGUGGAGUAAAGACGGCGCCGCCAUCAGAGGACACAGCACCAGACAGGAACAGGAGACCCGGUUUAUCAGCACACUGACCCUGGUCAGGAUCCGGCUGGAGCAGAUGGGUCUCUACACCGUCACUGUCCAAAACCAAGAUGACUCUAAAGAGAUCACCUUUGACCUGGAGGUGAAAGUUCCUCCUCAGAUAACCGAGCUGUCUGACCAUCAGCUGCCGGGUAAGAAGCACGCGGUCACUUGUGUGGCGGAGGGAGUACCGUCUCCCAGCAUUCAAUGGUUCAGCUGUGACAGCAUGCACAAGUGCAGUAACAGAAGUGUGGUGUGGAGCCCUCUGGCGGAGGAUCCUGAGAAGGUCAGCAUCCAGACCAACGUCAGCUACAACAUCUCACGCAAGAUCCACCUGGUGCACAGUCAGCUGACUCUUCUGAGACCGCAGCUGCUCAGCAUCCGCUGCGAGGCCCGCAACGAGAGAGGAGCUCGAUCCCGGGACAUCCGCCUGGUCAACAGCACUUUGUUUUCUCAGGUGGCCGUUCUGGCCACGGUCUUGGCGUUGGUGGUCAUCGUCAUCAUCUCCAUCAUCAUCCUCAUCGCUGUGUGGAGGAAGAAGCCACGCUAUGAAAUCAGGUGGAAGGUGAUCGAAUCGGUCAGUUUGGAUGGACACGAGUACAUCUACGUGGACCCCAUCCACCUGCCCUAUGACCUGGCCUGGGAGAUGCCACGGGACAGCCUGGUGCUGGGUCGCACGCUGGGAUCUGGAGCGUUCGGGCGAGUUGUCGAGGCAACGGCGUACGGUCUCGGCCGUUCACAAUCCACCACUAAAGUAGCAGUGAAAAUGCUGAAAUCGACGGCUCGGAGGAGCGAGACCCAAGCUCUGAUGUCUGAACUCAAGAUCAUGAGUCAUCUGGGUCCUCACCUCAACAUCGUCAACCUGCUGGGCGCCUGCACCAAACACGGUCCUCUGUAUCUGGUGACCGAAUACUGUCGCUAUGGAGAUCUGGUGGACUAUCUGCACAGGAACAAGCACAGCUUCCUCCAGUACUACGCCGACAAGAACCACAUCGCCAACGGCAGCCAGAUCUGUAACGACAGCGAUGUGCCGCCCGGGAAAGAAUACGUGUCGUUCGGCAGCGAGUGUGACGGAGGAUACAUGGACAUGACCAAAGACGAGCAAACCGAAUAUGUGGCGAUGCAGGAGCUCACGGACACCAUCAAGUAUGCAGAUAUCCAGCCUUCGCCCUACGAGUCUCCUUACCAACAAGACAUCUACCAAGAGCAAGGUCACAGAGUAGAUCGGUCUCUGGUCAUCAGUGAUUCUCCGGUCCUGAGCUACACUGAUCUCGUGGGAUUCAGUUAUCAGGUGGCCAAAGGCAUGGAGUUCCUGGCCUCAAAAAAUUGUGUGCAUCGGGAUCUGGCAGCGAGGAACGUCUUGAUCUGUGAAGGCAAACUGGCCAAGAUCUGUGACUUUGGCCUGGCCAGAGACAUCAUGCAUGACAACAACUACAUCUCCAAAGGCAGCACGUUUCUUCCUUUGAAGUGGAUGGCACCGGAGAGCAUCUUUCAUAACCUGUACACCACGCUGAGUGACGUCUGGUCCUACGGCAUCUUACUGUGGGAGAUCUUCACUCUGGGAGGAACCCCGUAUCCAGACCUGCCCAUGAACGAGCUGUUUUACAGCGCUCUGAAGAGAGGAUACCGCAUGACCAAACCAUCGUACGCCUCCGACGACGUUUACGAGGUCAUGAGGAAAUGUUGGGAUGAGAAGUUCGAGAAGCGUCCUGAGUUCUCCUUUCUGGUGCACACCAUGGGGAACAUGCUGUCAGACGGAUAUAAAAAGAAAUACUCUCAGGUCAGUGAUAGUUUUCUGAAGAGCGAUCACCCCGCGGUGGCCCGAGGGAAGCCGUGUGUCCCGUCUCCGUUCCCCAACACCUUCUCUCCUCAGUCCCUGUCCUCCAAUCCGGGCCCAGACCUGAGCCCACGGCCCGGAGCUGACGGAGAGAGCACCGACGCUCCGCACAAUGAGUACAUCAUCCCCAUCCCCGAUCCCAAACCCGAGGAGCACUCUCAGGACGGGCCGGUGCUGAUGGAAAUCCCCUCGAGCUCGUUAAGUUCUGAUGAGGAGACGGUCUCCAUGGAAACCCCGAGCACCGAACCCGAGCGCGAGGAGCUGCUGCCGGAUCAUUCUGGAAGUCUGGAGGUGGAGGAGAGCUUCCUGUGACACGCUCCCGCUUCCUGUCAUCAUCCAGGCAUUUCAGUCUACAUUUUGAGCAGAUUUCUCAUCGAAUGCGUCAGAAUGACAUGCUAGAUUCCUCACGUGCUCUUAAAGACCGUCUGUGAAGGCUGAGGCCUGAACCAGACCAGUCUUUCUUUGUUUUUCUAUUCUUUUUUUUUACGAAAUUGGUACAAUGCAGUAUUGUAAACUGCAGAAGGCAAAGCUACAAUCAGCUGAUAUGUACAUUAGUCGAGUUACUUUUUGUGUUAAUAUCAUUCUCAGCAUUUCUGAAAUUAAGUGCAUAUUUCGUUUCUAUAUUCAGACAGCAGUCUGUGACUUUUGAUUUUAACUUUAGACGUUUUUUAUUGUCAAGAUUCUCGUAGCAAACUUGCACUUUAACGUUUAUUAAAAAGCAACGUUUAUUGAAGCAAAUAGAUUAUGCAUAUUAUUUGUAAUUUCAUUUUCUAUUUUUGCAUUCCGUAAAGGGAAACGACAGAACCAAUCCAUCACUGAUUAAAAGAGAAAUAAAUGUAAGCGCAAUUUUACAAUUUUUACAUUUUAAAAAACAUAUAAACUCAGAAUUCUUGUUUUCUUGCGAUUUAUAUUUUUCUCAGAAUUCUGAAGUUUAUUUAUCGCAGUUUAGACUUUUCUUCUCAGAAUUGUGGGUUUUUUCCACCGCUGAUGAAAAAUUAAAAAAGAUAAUUGCGUGUUUAUAUCUCACGACCCCCACGUUCUUUCCCUCAAAAGUGAAGAAAGUCUCACAAAUCCGACUUUCUUCUUGGCUUUCUGACACAAAUCAGACUUGUUUUCCUCUCGAUUGUGUAUGCGUCGCGCAAUCGAUUUUUUUUCUCACGAAUGCAAGUUCAUGGAAAAAUAUCAGGAUUGCCGUUGUGGCCAAAAAAAGUAUUGCUUUUCAAUUCUGUGGGAAACAAGCAAUGUUGUAAUGUUUUGUGCAGCUCCAGACUCAAGCUGUCCGGUGUGUAUCUGAAUGACAUUAUAAAGUAUAUCUGAAUGACUCGCGGUACAAGAAGAAGCAUCAUUUAACUCAUAUUUUUCCUCCAAUUGCCUUUUACAUUCAAGAUCAUAUAACCUGCUCUUAGCAGGUGUCUUACACUGAGAUAAAGCGUUUCAUCUUCACAUUAUUAGUUCGAUAUCAUCCACGCGAUACUUACGUUGAACUUUAUUUUGACGCAAUCACUUAAUAUACCCAAACACAAGUUUCCAUAGAGGCUUCGUCUUGUUUUUUUUCCCUUGAUUUUAAAUGUAGGCAUUCUUAUGUAUGCACAAGGCCUUAUUAAAUUGCACAUUUCCGUACAUAUAUCACAUAGUAAAGAUACACACUCCAAGGUACCAAAGCUUUACGUAUGUUUACAAGUAUAUUUUUGUAUAGAUAUUUUGUACAUUGCUCUUUUACACGUUCUAUGUACGAUCAAAAAUAAAAAACUGUGAUUAAAAUUUGCAA